GCACAUCAUUUCUACGUUUAGACGUGAUAGUUCAGAAGACAUCUGGGCUGUGGCUCUGGACGGUGGAGAGAGGAAGAGUUAUAAUGCUGCACGCAUCUCAAACCCUACCUACGGUUUUUAUGUUGGCGAACACGCCUUCCGAAAAUUAGAAGGCCUCACGCACCACCUCACCUGUGAGAAACGCGAAAGGAUGACGUCAAAAAAUGCGCUGUGCGUAACCAGGAGACGAUUUGUCGAUGAAUUUCAUUGGAACUCGAAACCGGUUCUAGAGUGGUUCUGUCACUUUUCCCCAAUCCACUUCCCGCGCGACUCCUGCGAAGAAACGACGAGAGGAGCGCAUCUCGUUGCGCCGCUUCUCGCCUCUUCUUCGAAAUACAUUUCCUGGAAACGCCACAGAGAAUCAGGGUAGUUUGGGUUCCUUUUUGGCAUCGCAGGAAAUCCUAGCACAGGCAUGGGCUCUUGAGUUGUUUGUCUACUGCCUCUCAGACCAUCAUGAAACCGGACACGAUUACGCUAGGAGUCGCAGAUGAGGAAGACAUCCGUCACCGAGACGAAAAAACCGCAGAAAGUAAAUUCAAUGAGAAACAAGAAGACGUGAUUCGCUUCCAACGACAGGCAGCAGAAUUUGAAAAGCUGGAGCAAGUGGCUCGACAGAGGCUCCUUACUCAACUUGCUGAGAAAGAAAAGGACCUGGACGCCAAGGCCCAAGACGCAGCCGUCCGCGACAAAGAGAGGCAGGAUCACCUCAACAAGACACUCCGAGCAGCAGAGUACAAACUCCAGGCAGCUUUGAGCGUUCGAAAAGGAGAGCUGAAAACAACCUACGGUUCUCUGGGCGUCGACAGGGCCUAUACACGCUUCGCGACGGAGCAGAAACCCCCGGAAAAGAAAGCUUUCAUCGGAAAGAAGUACAAGGUCGACUGGGUCCGCGCGCCUCAGCCUCUCCGUCUUCGAGUUGAUGUUUGUCGAGCUGUCAAAGACAAACUUCCUCAGGGGCAAUACGUCAUCAUGGCUUCCGUGUGGAACAGACUCGGCGGGCACCGACUCCAGUGGUCGUCUCUGCAGAACCUUGAAGACCACGAGCAAGACACGAAGAAGAAAUCUGUUCUGAGACAAGUCACAGAUCUCCUCGACGACAGCAAGCGAAAAGCCAAGGAAGUUUCAGGCGUCAUCAGCACCUCCAGUGCAGUCACAGCCCCCGUUGCACACUCGGGGCUUUGGUACACGGACAUUCUUCGGUUCGAUCAAACAAUCUAUUUGGCCUGUCCGCCUGAGAAAGACAUCACCCCCUCGAUGUGUCUCAUCCUUGAACUCUACUACCUAAGAGGAAGCAUCUCACCAGUCGACAAAGUCGUCGCAUGGGGCGCGUUUCCCCUCGUCGACUCAGAUUUCAAACUCAUUAGCGGAUGUUUCAAGGUCCCCCUUCUUCGCGGACAUGUCGACCCGUCGGUAAACACGUACGCGCAGUAUGAGAAACUUUACAGAGAAGACAUCCAGCCGUGGAUUGGCAACCUCUACUUCCGCUGCGACCGCCUGCCCAAGUACUCCGCCGGUCAACUCGAGUUCGAGGUACUUCUGAACUACACAGGAAAUCUCUUGGGUGUGAAGAGAAGACAGCAGAGGCCGGAGCUGACGACUGGCGAGCUUCGGGACAACGCCGAACGAACAGUCGACGAACUCCGACAAGCGCUCAACGAACCUCACGAGGUCUUGCCAGACACAGAAGACGCAGUGAUGAAGGACGGGGUGAGGGCCGUGAAGACGAGCGGAAUGACAGGCAACGGCUACCGGCCUCUGACCGACGCGGCAGACUUUGACGAAUUCCAUUAUUCCGUCACUUCUGGACACACCUUGGUGCGGAAGAACGAGCUGUCAAGAAAAGCAAAGUACAUCUCCAACGAGCUUUUUGGAGACUUUGUAGUUUCGACGGAUGUCAGAGAACUGGGGCUUUGCUCGUUUGCGGCCAUUCUGUUUUUGCUGGCUUUCUGGGUUCGGAUUUUUAUUCACUACUUUGGUCAGUGGCUCUUGCUCUCGGCCUUCAGAGUGCCUGUCUACCAACUCGAUGUCUCCUUUGUCAUCGUCUACGUCAGAUAUGUUCAGGACCUGUUAACUGCAGACAAAGAAGUCGCUGUCGUUCUCGCCGGACCUCUCACAGCCUACUUCGUUUUCCUUCUGAUGAGUUUUCUUCUCGCGCUCUCUCAACACAGCUUCGGAAGACUUCCGUCCCUCGUGUACAGGUUUGUGCCUGCGUACGGCCUCGCGGUGAUUCUUGCGCCUGAAGUCAAUUUCGCCAUCGACGUCAUCGCCGGGCACUCCUCUGGAGACGCGUUCAAACUUUACCAUCUGUACCAACUUCGAGAGGGGAACGGAAUUGUCGGCAUCAUCUUCACGUUCCUCCUCUACGCGGCCUUCACUGCUGUUGCUCUCUUGACGUUCUACUUCUACGUCACUCAAAUCCAUAGAAGCGGAAGAGUGCGAGACAUGCAUCGCAGACUGACUGCGGAUGAACUGGACUUCUUCAUCCCGCUCGACAGCGAAGUUUCUGCGAGAUAUCUCAAGUGGGUGUGUUUCACCGCGGCGCAGUUUCGAGGAGCAGAGGGAGAGACGCGGACAACUCAAGUCACAGAGUUUCUCGUGGACAGAGACGAACAGGCGUUUGUCAAGAGUCUGGCGCAGAUCGGCGACGUUUCGGAGGGGAGACUGGAAGAAGGACCGGACCUCGGCUUUCGCUCUGAAGAGCAGAAAUGCCGACGCUUCUUCCGGUCAAGAAGAACGGACGCAACGACCUACAUUUGCAUCCAUACGAUCCACCCGAGUCACGGCACUCGCACGCUGUACAGACAUUUCAUGCGGUAUCCGGACGGAGCGAUUUGCGAACUGAAUCCAAAGGAACCGGCAAAACUUCUCGCGGAACAGAAGGCGCCCGGCACUGUCACUCAACUUUUGUACGACGCCGCCGAUGGCCGUGUUGAAAGUACCAAAGAAGUCCUUUUGCAGCCGUGGCUUGCGGAGAACUUUGGGGAUCUGCCGCCUCUCCUCUUCACCGAAAAUUCAAAAGCGACCGAAACUCGCCACUCAAACUACGCCCUCGCUCCCCCCCAAAAUAAUUCUUCAUCAUCUUCCUCUUCAUCCUCAUCAUCUUCAUCUUCAUCCUCAUCAUCUUCUUCCUCUUCAUCAUCCUCAUCAUCUUCUUCCUCUUCAUCAUCCUCAUCAUCUUCAUCUUCCUCCUCUUCUUCUGCUUGCCAGGUCGAGGGGGGUUUCGGCGUCGACGUUUGCGCGUCUUCGCUGCCUUCCCUUACUCGGGAGAAUUCACGGAGAAGAGAGAGUGGGCUGUCUGUGCAGACACCCGGAAGCGAAGAGAAAACCGAGGGAGAGAGCAAAGAGUCUCCGGAAGAAGAGGCGGAAACGCAGAGAGAGGAAGGAAGAAGCGAACCUAGCGAACGAGGAAGCGAGAUGAAUUUUGCGGACGGGGGAUCGAGACAGGACUCCACACAGACGUCGAGGUUUAACUUGUAUGACUCCUAGACAGUUCAUAUUUUUGUGUUAAUUUGGUCGCUACUUUGCGUAAUGCAUAGAAUAUAAAAGAUGAGACUAUACUUUUGUGCAGAACAGUUAACUUCCUAUUACCAAGCCAAUUCUUCCCCUGGAUCCGCAGGGCGAGGAAACGAGGUCGAGUGCUGAGCAAGAAAUUGCACCUUCGCCGGGUCAACUGGCAGAGCGUUUCUUCUUUUUCCGCGAGACCGAGGAAACGGUUCCGAAGUGAGAGCAGAGAGAUACCGAAUCAUCGACAUACCUGUCAAAAGCUCUCGAAGUCCUUCUCUCUACAUCUCUUAAAGGUCACUGUGCUCCUCCUCCGCGCAAGACAGGUGCUACACGGUUAUACCGUUGCCAACCGGAUUGACCGCGCCUGUGUGAGUGGACACCGCCUGU